CGCUUUCCUCCUCAUACCACGAUGUCAAGAGCUCCCGCAGAGAGAGUCAAGCGUCGAAGACUGCCUGGCUCGUGUGAUGCAUGCAGACAGCGCAAAGUUCGAUGCGACAGCUCAGUCAUGCCCGGGAACAUCUGCUCGAAUUGCAUGACCCUCGGGAUCCAGUGUACACGAGUGCACCAUGAUACUACGAUUGAGCAACAGUACGGUGAUCCGAGCAUGGUCCUCCCCAGAGUCAAGCGGCAACGAGCUGCUCGGGACCAUGUAGCCACAGUGGUCCUGGAAGGCACCCAACACCUCCAGGACGAUGAACUGCGGCGCAUUCUACAGGAAGUGUGCAACUACAGCCGAUCUCUAGAAAAU